AUGGCUCCCUCCAGCUCCGAACCUCUUCUGGGCUGUCAAAGCAGAUGCACCAGACAACACUACGCAAGCGUUAAAAGAAAGCUGCGGCCUGGACGGAUUCUGGGCUUCGUCCUCAGCUUGGCGGUGGUCUGCACAGUCUGCUCAUGGAGUGCCUUGUCGCUGGUCACAACGAUGGCCAAGGAGCUGGAAUCGGCUGAUGAGGGCUCAGCAGAGGCAGCGGUGCCCCAAAGAACACUUCUUCAGCACAACAACAUUUCAGUUGCAACAGGAGGCAUACCAAUAGCUAUGAAGUCAUCCGACGUAGAGCUGAAUCAUGGGGACUACCCGACGGACUUAUUCUCUGUUGAGCAGAGACGCCAGGGCUAUGUGGUGUUUCAUAUGUUUGGCAUGUUGUACAUGUUCAUAGCCUUAGCCAUUGUUUGUGAUGAGUUCUUUGUUCCUGCGCUCACAGUCAUCACAGAGAAGCUGGAGAUCUCUGAUGAUGUAGCAGGAGCCACCUUCAUGGCAGCAGGUGGCUCCGCCCCAGAGCUCUUCACCUCUGUCAUAGGGGUCUUUGUCUCCCACAGUAACGUAGUAUUGGUGCUGAACCUCACCUGGUGGCCUCUGUUCAGAGACGUCUCCUUCUAUAUCAUUGGCUUGCUUAUGCUCAUCUAUUUCUUUCUGGAUAAUGAAAUCUCAUUGGGAGAAAGUAUUAGCCUGCUGAUGUGCUACACCUGCUAUGUGACAUUCAUGAAGUUCAAUUCUAAAGUAGAACUUGUCAUCAAGAGGUUGCUGGGAAGCAACCAGGUGGACGAGCUGGAAACCGCACCAAGG